AUGCCUCUCUUGAAAAACAUCUUUCACAAGUGGAAACAGGGCUUCAUUAAUAUGGUCUCACUGCCUUGGAUACAUAAGGGAUCUUCUGUUAAAUUCGAAGAAAACCGGCAGAAAUGGCAAGAAGCCUGCACUCAGGACUCAGUCCUCGCCGACUUCACCACUUACCUCAUGGAAGGUACUCCCACACUUGGCCCGGUCUUUAAUGAAACGGAGGUAGAUCGUUUACAGCAACUUUUUUCGUCUCGCGCGGGUGAGAAUAAUUGCUGGAAUCAACAGGCAUUAACUUCUUAUCUUCUGGCUCAAAUCCCACCCGGAGAAGAAUUUGAAGCCUGCCUACUGAAGGCCAUGCCGUCUCUCUGGGCGCUGGCCGUACACUUUGCGAUAUGGCCAUUCAAUGCCACACUGGACCACCCGACGACUGGUCUAACUUUGUUUGAGUUCAUCCGCGCUGUUGCCUUCCUCUGUGGUAGGCACAGCAUGAUGUUCAAUGCCUGGUGCAACAAAGACGGCGUGUUCAAUCGCAAUAUAGACCAGCCAAUGCUAGAAUACAUCUUCCGAGGCCUCGCGACAAACAAUGGGCUGACCAACUCAUCUCUGCCCAAGCAAUCGGCCCAGCUAUUUUCCCAACGCGACAUACUUGAUGUUUUAAGUGUGGCCCAGCCGGUAUUGAACUGCUGCACACAACUGCUCACCCGGAACGAGCUGAGGCCCAUCGCCAACCGGCUGGCUUCGACUCCUGCCGAGCUUCGUGACCUCUUUGUUCAGACAAAGAUGCUUAUCCCGCUUCUAGAACUCUCGGUAUUACUUCUUGAACAAGCAGGAAAAUUCGACAGUAGCGAUUGUCCAACAUCUCUGAAGGAACGGAUACUCACUGCUCAAACGGAGUUGCAGAAGACCGAGGACGUGUCGUUUGAGGUCUACCGUAGGUGGCUAGACAGCGAUAAGCAAGAGUGGAAGAAGACGCUAAACGGUGUGUAUACCAUCUAUGAUAGUAUUGCCCUGCUCUUCAACACUUUUGUGAAUCCUGAAAGCUUGAUCAGUGGGAAAUCUCAGUAUUGGUAUUCAGGAGAUGAGAUAACAUUACGUGUUAUGUCGAUGCGAAAUGUAGGUCUGACUUUUUAUCGUGAGGAAAAGAUAUCGCAAAACUUCACCCAAGAAGAGAAAUAG